GCUGGGCCUGAGCGACAAUGAGAUCCAGAGGCUGCCGCCGGAGGUGGCCAACUUCAUGCAGCUGGUGGAGCUGGACAUCUCCCGCAACGACAUUCCAGAAAUCCCUGAAAGCAUCAAAUUCUGCAAAUCCCUGGAGAUCGCAGACUUCAGCGGGAACCCUCUCUCCAGGCUUCCCGAGGGCUUCACGCAGCUGCGGAGCCUGGGCCACCUGGCCCUCAAUGAUGUGUCCCUGCAGAGCCUCCCCAGUGACAUUGGGAACUUGGCAAACCUGGUGACCCUGGAGCUGCGUGAGAACCUGCUGAAGACUCUCCCCACUUCACUCUCAUUCCUUGUCAAGCUGGAGCAGCUGGAUCUUGGUGGCAAUGACCUGGAAGUACUGCCAGAUACUCUGGGAGCGUUGCCAAACCUGCGGGAGCUCUGGUUGGACCGGAACCAGCUCUCGACCAUGCCUCCGGAGCUGGGCAACCUGCGCCGCUUGGUGUGUCUGGACGUGUCAGAAAACAAGUUGGAGCAGUUGCCCAACGAGAUCAGCGGGCUGGUGGCACUGACAGACCUGCUGCUGUCGCAGAACCUGCUGGAGUGCAUUCCCGAUGGGAUUGGUCAGCUGAAGCAGCUCUCCAUCCUGAAGGUGGACCAGAACCGGCUGGCAGAGGUGACGGAGUCAAUUGGAGACUGUGAAAAUCUGUCAGAGCUCAUCUUGACAGAGAACGUGCUGACAGCCUUACCGAAAUCCCUUGGGAAGCUGACCAAGCUGACUAACUUGAACGUGGAUCGGAACCGGCUGACUUCCCUUCCCGCCGAGAUCGGCGGCUGCGCCAAUUUGAACGUCCUGUCCCUGCGAGACAAUCGCCUGGUGCUCCUGCCACCAGAGCUGGCCAACACCACGGAGCUGCACGUGCUGGACGUGGCGGGAAACAGGCUGCAGAACUUGCCGUUUGCUUUGACAAACCUCAACCUGAAAGCCCUCUGGCUGGCAGAAAACCAGUCCCAGCCCAUGCUGAAAUUCCAGACAGAGGAUGAUGAAAAGACUGGAGAAAAGGUUCUCACUUGUUACCUGCUUCCGCAGCAACCCUCUCCCAGCUUAGAAAAUCUUUUGCAGAACAGUGUGGACGAGAGCUGGACAGACACAAAUUUAAACAGAGUCAGUGUGAUUCAGUUCCUGGAUGAGCCCAAAGUGGAUGAUGACGACGAAUCUGGAGCYGAGAGGAGGGGCCUGCAGCGCCGAGCAACCCCUCAUCCCAGCGAGCUCAAGGUCAUGAAGAAGGUGAUUGAGGUGCGGCGCAACGAGGUCUAUGCUGCAAAGCCCGACGCCGACCSGAAUUCUCCUAAGGCAGAAGAGAAGAGGCUGAGUGCCACGUCCAACCGCAGCGAGGACUCGCACCUCUCCAACAGCACGGCCUCUGCGGACCUCCGGGGAGAGGAGCAGGGCCAGGAGGGACAGAGGAGCUGGCCGAACGGGCAGGUGCCCGAGAUGCAGGAGCUGGAGAGGGAGGCAAAGCUGAGGCCUGAAGAGGAGCAUAAAGAAGCAGCUGACCAAGAGGAGGAAGAUGCAGAAGUGGAAUACAACGAGCCCACUGUACACUUUGCCGAGGACACACUGAUACGGAGUGAGGAUGAGGAUGAGGAUGAAGAGCGGCCGUUCCCGGUGGAGAAACAGAGGCUUAUCCGCAAGGACACACCCCACUAUAAGAAACACUUUAAGAUAACUAAACUGCCCAAGCCAGAGGCAGUGGUGGCACUCCUGCAGGGGCUCAACACUGAUGGAGUCCCCAAGGAGGAAGAGGAGUUGGGAGGCUGCAAUAACAACACGGAGCCUGAGGAGCAGGAGGAAGCUUGGGAUGAGGAUGACAUCAAGAAUGGMGCUUUAUCCACUCAGCCUUCAGUGAAGGGGGUGUCGUUUGAUCAAGCCAAUAAUCUGCUGAUUGAGCCUGCUCGCAUUGAGGAGGAAGAGCUGACACUGACUAUCGUGCGGCAGACAGGGGGGCUGGGCAUCAGCAUCGCAGGGGGCAAGGGCUCUACCCCCUAUAAGGGUGACGACGAGGGCAUCUUUAUCUCACGUGUGUCAGAGGAGGGCCCUGCAGCUCGUGCCGGGGUUCGUGUUGGGGACAAGCUCCUGGAGGUGAACGGCGUGUCCCUGCACUGCGCCGAGCACCACGUGGCGGUGGAGGCGCUGCGCGGCUCGGGGAGCUCCGUCUCCAUGACCGUGCUGCGGGAGCGGAUGGUGGAGCCCGAGAACGCCAUCACGGUGACGGCGCUGCGCCCCGAGGACGACUACAGCCCUCGGGAGAGGCGAGGCGGCCUGCGCUUCCCAGAGCGGCCCGAGCCCGCGCCUCCCACCCAGAGGUUCUCCGCCUGCCUCAUGCGCAACGAGAAGGGCCUGGGCUUCAGCAUCGCGGGUGGCAAAGGCUCCACGCCGUACCGGGCGGGUGACACGGGCAUCUUUAUCUCGCGGAUUGCAGAAGGCGGCGCAGCCCAUCGGGAUGGCACUCUGCGCGUAGGAGACCGGGUCAUCUCGAUCAAUGGGGUAGACAUGACAGAAGCCAGGCAUGAUCAGGCCGUAGCGCUGCUUACCGCGUCCUCCCCCACCAUCGUGCUGCUGGUAGAGAGAGCGGGCGCGGAGCAGCCCGGCGAGGGAGACGCGCCGGCGGGGCCGCCCCGCGCGCGCAUGCACUCGCCCCCGCCGCCCCCCGGCCCCGGGGACAGCCCGCCCGAGGAGGCGCCGCCGCCGCCGCACAGGAGCCCGCUCGCCAAGGGCCUGGACGAGCAGUACCCCGUGGAGGAGAUCCACCUCGUAAAAGCCGGGGGGCCCCUGGGACUCAGCAUCGUGGGCGGCAGUGACCACUCCAGCCACCCCUUUGGCAUCCACGAGCCAGGGGUCUUCAUUUCAAAGGUGAUUCCGCGUGGGCUGGCGUCGCGCAGUGGGCUCCGCGUGGGCGAUAGGAUCCUGGAGGUGAACGGCAUCGACCUGCGCCAUGCCACCCACCAGGAAGCUGUCAACGCGCUGCUCUCCAACACACAGGAGCUCACGAUGGUGGUGAGGCGGGAUCCACCUCCACCUGGUAUGCAGGAAAUAUGCAUUGAAAAGGCUCCGGGAGAAAAACUGGGCAUCAGCAUCCGGGGUGGAGCAAAAGGCCAUGCCGGGAAUCCCUUUGAUCCCACUGAUGAAGGCAUCUUCAUUUCUAAGGUGAGCUCCUCCGGGGCUGCCGCCCGCGACGGCCGCCUGAAGGUGGGCAUGCGCAUCCUGGAGGUGAACCACCAGAGCCUGCUGGGCAUGACGCACACGGAGGCUGUGCAGAUGCUGCGGGGUGUGGGCGACGCGCUGCUCGUGCUCGUGUGCGACGGCUUCGAUCCCAAGGCCGCGGCUGCCAUUGAGAUGUCCCCAGGAAUUAUUGCAAACCCUUUUGCUGCUGGUAUUGGGCGCAAGAACAGCCUGGAGAGCAUCUCAUCCAUYGAUCGGGAUUUGAGCCCCGAAGAGCUGGAGAUCCUACAGAAGGAGAUGGAAAUGGUGAGAGAAGCAACUCAGUGGGAGAGAGAAGAAAUGGAGAAAGUGGAGCGGAUGCGCAGGGAGCGGGAGGCAGCCACGCAGCAGCUUGAGGAGGAGGCCGAGAGCGUCAGCAGCGAGCCCCUGCGGCUGGACUAUCGCACCCUGGCCGCUUUGCCCAGCAGCGCCCUGCAAAGAGUCACUCGCGCUGCUCCUGCAGGCGAGUCUGGGGCUGGAAAUUCCAGGCGGGAAGCCCCCUAUUCUCCUGGCAAUCAGCAGCCCAAGCCGCCUUCACCGCCUUCUCCUGACGAGAUCCCCUUCAAUGUCAAGCAAGCCUACAAGACCUUUGCAGCAGUGCCCGUGUCACACCCUCUGCUAGAGACACAGGAGUUGCCUGGUCAGACCAGCACAGAGAAACCCAGAAGUGCCCAGGAGGUGCCGCGGCCGAGUGGGCUGCACAGCCCGGAGCAGCGAUCCUUCCGUGAGAGACAGAAGUAUUUUGAGAUUGAGGUGAAGCAACAGCAGAUGGAUAAGCCUCCCAAGCGUGUCUCCUUGGUAGGAGAGGAUGACCUGAAGAAGAUGAAGGAAGAGGAAGCCCGAAAACUGCAGCAGAAACGUGCCCUUCUCUUGGAAGAAGAAGGGGAAGAGGAUGAGAUGGUAAAACAGGCACCUGAUAUGAGCCUGCAGUCCAGUGUCAUCAUCGAAGGAAUUGAGUACAAGAUUGAGAGGCUAAAUGGAAGGAGCACCCAGGCCUCAGCAGCUCGACUCUCUGAAGCCAGUGAGAACAGCAGCUCACAGAGGAAUUCACUGGAAGAGGGAAUUAAGGGAGAACAGAGAACCAACUCUGUGUCUGGGUUGAGUCCAGUGUAUCUUGGAACAGGAGAUCCAGUGGCACCUGUGAGGACAGCCAAAGCUGAACGGCGGCACCAAGAGCGGCUGCGAAUGCAGAGUCCCGAGCUCCUGAGCGGCCAGGAGAAGGAACUUUCUCCAGCAGAGCGCCGCGCUCUGGAGGCAGAGAAACGAGCAAUGUGGAGGGCAGCACGGAUGAAGUCACUUGAACAGGACGCUCUUAAAGCCCAAAUGGUUAUUGCUAAAUCCAAGGAGGGCAAAAAACGCAGCACUCUGGAGCAGCUGGCAGAGUCACCUUCACCUGCUCCUACGCCGUCACCAACGCCGCUUGAAGACUGCAGUCCCAGGAAUGUCACUUCUCCAGGAAGGCUGUCCCUGUCYGAAAAGAAGUUUGACUACCGGGAGUUUGCUGCCAUUCCUUCUUCCAAACCCGUUUACGAAAUCCAGUCACCUGAUGCAGCUGAUGAUCACAGAUAUGUAGACGACAGAAAUAACUCAGUUCUCCAGGAGCAGGACGGGCAGCAAGAGGACGAGGACACGUUACUAACACACGACUCACCAACACCAGCCGCGUCAGCCCUUGAAGAAAUGGCCCUGUACAGCAGCAAGCGCAAACUGCGACACAGCCGGCGCAGCCUGGAGGCUGCUGUCCCCACGUAGAGGACCUGCGGCACCUGGCCAGUGGGACGGCCCCACACGGGGCUCCUGGGCUCCCUGCGCUCUGGGGACAGCGCGGGACGGCCCCGCAGCCGCCUCCUGCGCGCCGGGGGAGCAUCUCGGUUAACUGACUUCCUUCAAGGCUGUGAAGCGCCCUCUUUCUUCGCCCCGAAGCACAGCGGGGCACGUCCUAAGCCAAGUGGGACAACACUAGACUUACGGAAAGCCAACGGAGAGGAGGUGUGGGCAGGACGGCAGGAGCUGCAGUUCCUUAGCCUGUAAAUAUUGUG